AUGGCCUCCCGCGCUGCUACCCGCCUGCCAGCGUUUCAGCGUUCCCUUGCCGCCGCUGCCUCUCCCCGCAGCGCCCUCACUCGCUCCCUCACCACAGCAGCCCGCUCCGGCGCCACGAGCAGCAGCAAUUCCAUGAUGGCUUCCUCCAGGAACUCCUCGGCCACGGCCAUCCGCAGACUGCAUGCCACCGCCCAGCAGCUCAAGCCUGCCGCCGCCGCUGCAACUGCGUCGACCACCUCCGCAGCCUCCACCGCUACCUCGUUCCCCCAGGACCACGAACGCAUCGCCAACCCCAUCGACACCGCCAACUUCAUCGAUAACGAGUUCACUGCCUCUCGCGCAGAGACAUGGAUCGACUUGUUCGACCCGGCCACCAACAACCUCGUCACCCGUGUUCCCCAGAGCACGGAUGCGGAGAUGAAGGCUGCUGUUGCCAGUGCCCAGGCUGCGUUCCCAGGGUGGAAGGCAACCAGCAUCAUGGCCAGACAGCAGAUCAUGUUCAAGUUUGUCAACUUGAUUCGUGCCAAUUGGGACCGUCUCGCGGCUAGCAUCACCCUUGAGCAGGGCAAGACCUUUGCCGACGCCAAGGGAGACGUCCUCCGUGGUCUGCAGGUGGCCGAGACUGCCUGCGGUAUCACCACCCAGAUGACCGGCGAGGUGCUCGAGGUCGCCAAGGACAUGGAGACCAGAAGCUACAGAGAGCCAUUGGGCGUUGUCUCUGCCAUCUGUCCAUUCAACUUCCCUGCCAUGAUUCCACUCUGGUGCAUCCCAGUUGCUACCAUGACUGGUAACACCCUGGUCAUGAAGCCAUCCGAGCGUGACCCCGGCGCGGCCAUGAUCCUCGCUGAGCUCGCCAGGGAAGCUGGUUUCCCCAAGGGUGUCAUCAACAUCAUCCACGGUUCCGCCAAGACCGUCGACUUCAUCCUCGACGCACCCGAGAUCAAGGCCAUCAGCUUCGUCGGCAGCAACCGCGCUGGUGAAUACAUCUACACUCGCGGUUCUGCCAACGGCAAGCGUGUCCAGGCCAAUCUCGGUGCUAAGAACCACUGCGCCGUCCUGCCUGACGCCAACAAAAACCAUGCCUUGAACGCCAUUGCCGGUGCCGCUUUCGGUGCCGCUGGUCAGCGAUGCAUGGCUCUCAGCACUCUCGUCAUGAUUGGCGAGACCAAGGAAUGGCUUCCUGAAAUCGCCGAUCGUGCCCGCGCCCUCAAGGUCAACGGUGGAUUCGAGGAGGGUGCCGAUUUGGGUCCUGUCAUUAGCCCCGAGAGCAAGAAGAGAAUCGAGGACAUCAUUGCCACCGCCGAAAAGGAGGGUGCCACCAUCCUUCUUGACGGACGCGGCUUCAAGCCCGAGAAGUACCCCAACGGUAACUGGGUCGGCCCAACCAUCAUCACCGGUGUCAAGCCACACAUGACCUGCUACAAGGAGGAGAUCUUCGGCCCUGUCCUUGUCUGCCUCGAAGUCGAGACCCUCGACGAAGCCAUCGACCUCAUCAACGCCAACGAAUACGGUAACGGUGCCGCGGUCUUCACCCGCUCCGGCCCAACUGCCACCAAGUUCCAGCGCCAGAUUGAGGCUGGCCAGCUUGGUAUCAACGUCCCAAUCCCCGUCCCGCUCCCCAUGUUCAGCUUCACUGGAAACAAGAAGAGUAUUGCUGGUGGCGGUGCAAACACCUUCUACGGCAAACCAGGUCUCCAGUUCUAUACCCAGCAGAAGACCGUCACCAGCUUGUGGAGAAGUGAGGACGCAAUCAGCAACAAGGCAAGCGUUGUCAUGCCCACCCACAGUUAA